ACAUUAAAAAAAAAAGUUUCCUGGCCCAUGUCAGAAGUGAUGUGAUCUCUGAAUGUACUCAUACAACUCAUGUGUACUUUUACUUUAGUAACUGUUCCAUUGCGUUCUUGAUGCUGCUCCACCAGUUAAUGAUCUGAUUAGUGACACUAGUCUGUUAUCAGACUGGUUUGUAGCAGAGUCAGAAGGAAAGUGAUGAUCAGAUUUAGUGUCCAACCGAUAGGGAUUUUUUGGCCCGAUAACGAUAGCCGAUAUUAGAGGAGGCGCAGGAGUUUUUGAUCUGGAAUGAAAACAGGCUGAUUGUGCAUAGAUUUUGCAGCGAUAUGAUUAUGUAAUAGUACAGUCACAGUGACAGUAGGACAGACAGAUGUUUCUUAAACCAAUGUCUUUAUGACUUUUAACAUUGAACAAAGUCUUUUUAAAAUGACAAUUAACAUUUGGACUUAGAGUCUUAGAAAAGGUGCAGAUUGGCAACAAACAAAGAUUAAAUAAUGUAGCAGAACUUUCAAUAAAUAAAAAUAAAUAAACCAAUCUAAAUAAAGAUCAGUCAGUCAGUGUCUAAUACCUGAAGUCAGUGAGGGGCAGGUUGUAAUACAGGAAACAUAGCUUCUCUGCAUUGCCACCAGGUUCAUCUCUUGUCCUCAUAAAAGUUACCUACUGUGCUGAAAACCCUCUCACUGGGGACAGAUGUGGGAGGAGUAAGGAAGCGCCGGGACAAUGGGGACGAAGCAAAGUGACGGAGUUGGAGGUGAUUUACUUCAAGUUAUUUAUCUGUGACUGAGUUUGAAGCAAAAAAAGGAAGAAGCCAGUCAGAGGAAGAGGGCGGGCUUUACUUGGUGUCACUGAGAAAAGAUGAAAAAAGGUCAGACGAGUGAGAAGGACAAUGAAGGAAACGUCUCUGCAGCGUCUGCUCUUUCUGAGCUCUCUGCUGUUCAGCUCAACAAACCAAGCUCGUCUGACUGUGAGUCCCAGCUUCUCUCAGUUCUUUAAAGGAGACUUUGUGUCUCUGAGCUGUGAGGAGGACGACAGCUCUGCUGGAUGGACUCUGAGGAGAAACACCACCACAGGACAGAGGACUCAGUGUGGAGCUGACUGGGGAGAACCAGCUGGUUCUUCAUGUAACAUCAGCUACAUCCACCCAUCAGACAGUGGAGUUUACUGGUGUGAGUCCGGAGAGGGAGCAACCAGUAACAGCAUCAACCUCACUGUCCAUGGUGGACCAGUGAUCCUGCAGAGUCCUGUCCUCCCUGUGAUGGAGGGAGAUAACGUCACUCUGCUCUGUAAAACAAAGACCACUCCCUCCAUCCUCUCAGCUACUUUCUAUAAAGAUGGCUCCAACAUCAGGACUGAGUCUACAGGUCACAUGACCAUCCACCAUGUUACCAGGUCUGAUGAAGGCCUCUACAAGUGUAACAUCAUCAGUCAUGGAGAGUCUCCAUCCAGCUGGAUCACUGUCACAGAGAAACUCACCACCACCACCACACCUCCUCCUACAACAACCCCUCCUCCUACAACAACACCUCCUCCUGGUUCCUCUCCUCCUCCUGGUUCCUCUCCUCUCCUCCUUGUGUUCUUGUCUCUUUCUUCCUUCUUGUCUCUGGUUCUCCUGGUGUUUCUGGUUUUCCUGGUGAGACGACGUGUUCGUAGGAAACAUGAAGCAAACGUCACAGAAGACAUCACGUACAGUGACGUCAAGAUAUCACGAAACAAGAAACAGCCAAUCAAGCAGAGCAGAGACAGUGAUCCAGCUGCAGUCUACUCAGCAGUGAGAACAACACAAGAUGUCAGUUAUGGAGAGAUAUUCAUCAGAGACAAGAAAGACAAGUCAAAGACCAGAGACAGUGAUCCAGCUGCAGUCUAUUCAGCAGUGAGAACAACACAAGACGUCAGUUAUGGAGAAAUAUUCAUCAGAGACAAGAAAGACAAGUCAAAGACCAGAGAGAGUGAUCCACCUGCAGUCUACUCAGCAGUGAGAACAGACAACAUCACGUAUGGACAAAUAGCCAUCAGACCAAAAAAGACCAGAGAGGUUCCACCAGAGCCGGAGAUCGUCUACUCUUCACUGAAGUAGUCCACCAGUCCCACUACUUUCACACCAGACUACGUUUACUCUUAAAUAAGAUAAGAUAAUCCUUUCAUUGCUUCACUGUGGGGGAAUGUGUCUGAGAACUGUAAAGACCUUUUGGUCUCUGGUUUGAUAAAAACUUUAUUGAUUGUUAGACGUCGCUCUGAAUAACGUAGCAAGCGUCUCUAGAGAUCAGUGGACUUGUGUUUUAUUUGUUUAUUACAUGUGGUUCUGUGGGUUUCACAACAACGUCUAAUGGAAAAUAUGACACGUGCUUGUUUAGCUGUGGCUAACUGACACGCACUUCAGUGCAGAUAACAAAGAGCAAACACAAACAACUAUAUAAAGAGUCUGCGGCUGGAAACUUCACUACUUCAGUGGAGACUUUUCAUUCUUUAACACAAAUGUUCAAGCUUUGUGUGAAUCAUGUGAUGUGUUUCAGACGCUGUUUCACCAGAAUUAUCUGUGCAAAUUAAGUUUCUGACAUAAGAAGCUACAUUAACUUAUUAUUAAAUGCAAAAGAAAUAGUAAAACUGUUGAUUCAGCGUCAUUCACUUAUUUAUUUGUUAAACCACCGUCAUCAUUAUCUCAUCUCACAGGCAAAUAGAGUUCAGUGUCAUCUGCAUAUUAUGAACAGUUUCUGAUAGAGUGGACAGUACUGCUAGGGCAGGUCUGGGAGUGAGGACAGAUUUCUCUUGUCUUGCUGAGUUUGUAACGGCCUUUGUUUCUGUCAUCUGCUAAUGUUUUGAUGUAAUUUAUAGAAAUAAAUAAUCAAAUUUU